AUGCCCCCGCAGUCGGCCGCGGCGGCGGCGGAGGCCUCACCGGCACGACACGAAUCCCGCAGGGAGCGCAGGGAGGAGCGUCACGAACGACACGAACGAGAACGCGACAGGGACCGCGACCGCGAACGACAGCGCACCAAGAUCGUCGGCGACUAUACCCUCGGAAAGACCCUCGGCGCAGGCUCGAUGGGCAAGGUCAAGCUCGCGACGCACAAUCAGACGGGAGAGAGGCUCGCGAUCAAAAUUCUGCCCCGCGCGCAGGUAUCAGCAUCCGCGGAAGGUUCGAAAAAGGACAAGGACGCGAGCAAGGAAAUUCGCACUCUCCGCGAAGCCGGGCUCUCGCUACUUCUUCACCAUCCGUAUGUCUGCGGCAUGCGCGAACUCAUUGUCCAUGCACAUCAUUACUACAUGGUCUUCGAGUACGUCAAUGGUGGCCAGAUGCUCGACUACAUCAUCUCCCAUGGCCGUCUGCGUGAGCGCGUCGCCCGCAAGUUCGCCCGCCAGAUCGCCUCCGCCCUGGACUACUGUCACAAGAACAACGUCGUCCACCGCGACCUCAAGAUCGAAAAUAUCCUCAUCUCUACCUCGGGAAACAUCAAGAUCAUUGACUUUGGUCUCUCCAACCUUUACGACCCCACUGCUCACCUCGACACCUUCUGCGGCUCCCUCUAUUUCGCCGCACCCGAACUGCUCAAUGCCCGCGUUUACACUGGCCCGGAGGUUGACGUCUGGUCAUUCGGCGUUGUACUCUACGUGCUUGUCUGUGGAAAGGUGCCCUUUGACGACCAGUCGAUGCCCGCUUUACAUGCGAAGAUCAAGCGUGGUCUCGUAGAGUACCCAAUGUGGCUGUCAGCUGAAUGCAAACACUUGCUAUCGCGCAUGUUGGUCACCAAUCCCCAAGCCCGUGCGCCGCUCUCUGAAGUCAUCAAUCACCCCUGGAUGAUACGCGGCUUUUCUGGCCCACCCGAGCCGCACCUUGUACACCGCGAACCAUUGCGCGCUGCCGAUCUCGAGCGCGCUGUCAUUCACAGUAUGGUCGAGUGCCAGGUUGUCAGCGGCAUGGGUCUUGAGGGCGACGGCAAGUCUGUACCUACGUCCGACGAGCGUCAUACUGGUCCCGAUGACCCUCCGGCAACACCUGCGAAGCCUACCAACGACGAGGAGAAGAGACGGCGCGCUGAGGAUGAGCUCGAACGACGUCUGCGCGAAAUUCUCGAGAGCGAGAGCUACGCCCGCGCAGUGCGACACUGGCAAAAUAAGCGGUCAGGUGAGCUGUCGGACAAGCUGGAAUAUCGCGGCGCCUCCAACCGUAAACGGGAUGCGCUCGCAGUCAGCAGCUCCAGUUUGAUCACGCCUGCGUCACCAUCAAGUACGUCCCUCGACUCCAAGGACACGCCACGCAAGGCCAGCAGGCGGUUCUCCGGCUUUGACUUUUAUCGCAAGAAGUUCUUUGGUGCGACACCAGGGAACGGUGUGGAGGCGGAUGCGAACGGCGGCAUUUCAUCCUCGUCUCUGCUCGGUGGACGCGAACCCCCGGACCCGACAUACGGCUAUCACCCGCUUAUCUCUAUGUACUUCCUCGCUCGGGAGAAGCUAGAGCGCGAGCGCGUCUACGGGCCGGGCUACUUCGCCAGCAGCGCGCUCAGUCUGGCGCCAGAGGCUGCUCUCAACGGCGCUUCUGCAGCCGCUACCAACGGAAACACCCCCGCGCCUGUCAAUGGUGCCGCGGAGGUGGGCGAGGUCAGCGCAGGACGGCUCUCGGCGCCUCCUGCGGCCGAGGUUAAGGAGCACAAGGAGCGCGAGGCUGCACCUGCGCCACCUGCAAAGGCCGACUACAGUAUGCCUCUGCCGCGUUUACCUGCACCAGCGCCGGGCCACUAUUCGGGCAUGAGCUACGACAACGGUGCUCAGCCGAGCCCGACGAGUGCAACGUUCCACCCUGUGCCGCGUGCCCGCGAUCCGGGUUUGCCACCUCUGAACCCGGUUGCGAAGGAUUCGCCAGCAUCACCUCGGCCUUUGGAGAAGCUGCCCGCGACUCCAGACCGGGCUAAGACCAUUGGCGGUGACAAAGCCAAGACGGUCGCCGAACAACGUGUCAAGUCCGUGCGUGCACCCCCUGCGUCUACGCACAGGCGGAGUCACAGUCUCAGCCAAAGGCCAACCGUUCUUCGCGGAUGGGGCAGCGUCUUCGGUGGCGAUCGCGGCGACGAGCACGGCAUGCCCGCCAUCCCUGAGCCGCCGCGCACCGCAGGACCAGCCAUCUCGACGUUCUCCGAAGCUGCUGAGAAGCAGGAUGGCGAGAAGGAGAACGUCAGCGAGAUGGGUGUGCGCCAGCGGGAGCAGGAACGCCGCGACCAGCCCGAGCAUGGCGCACUCGGCACGGGUGCGACGUUGGUGCGCAGGUUUGGUAGCAUCCUGUACCGCGGCGAUGACAGGAAACCUGGCGACAAGCCCACGAAACGCGGCACAAUCCUUGGCGGUCUGCAUCUCUCGCCCAAGAGCACGCGGGAGGAGCGCGUCGAUGAGAAGAAUGGCGAGGGCAGUGAGGGCGAUCAGACGCCCACCGCUGACACGCGCUCGCAUACCCCUGCUUUCGAGCCGCCACCGCGCCCGGCGAGCGCUGCGCCACCAUCGUCACCGUCACCUGCGCCGAAGUCGCCGACUGUAGGUCAUCGGCGGGCUGCGACCUUGCUCGACUCAAGGAGACAUGAGCGCAGGAGUUCGACCGGCGGUGCCCUCCUUGCGAGCGUGUCCACGGGUGGUACUUUCGGCCGGAGACCCAGGCGGCCGUCCACAGGACAGCAGGCUGGCCGUCCGUCGACAUCCUCGGUCAAGCGCCCUGUCGACCAGCUCUUUGAGCACGAAGAAGAGACGGGUGAGCCGAAGGAUGAUGAUGGUGCACAUACCGACGUAACCAGCGCUGGUGAGGAGGAUGAGCGGUCCGAGCGCGAGGCAAAGCCGGUGUUCUUGAAGGGCCUCUUCAGUGUGGCUACGACAUCCACGAAGCCGCCCGCGGUCAUUAAGGCGGACAUCCGUCGGGUGCUCGAGCGCAUGCAAGUGCAGUACCGCGAGACUAAGACCGGCUUCGAAUGCUUGCACAUGCCCAGUAUCGAUCUCGCGAGCGUCGACCCCGCUGCUCACGCGCGGGAGACGUCUGACAGCACCCGCCGAUCGGACACCCCCGACGCGCACGCCACACCGAGGCAGUCGAUCGUCAAGAAGGCCAGCAAGUUGUCCUUCGUCCGUCGUGGGGAGAAGGGCAAGGAGCGCGAGCGGGAAUCACUACGCGACCACGACUCGAUCAAAGAGCGUCCGUCUGGCGAGCAGAAGCAAGAGGGUCGGGCGUCGAAUGCUACGAACCUCGGGCCUACGCCAAGCAGUGGCUCGUCCAGUUUCUUCGGCGCCAGCACGGCGUUCAGCGGCAGCAACACGGGCGUAUCGACGACUGGAACGGCUACCGAGACUGCUCAACCCACGCACCCGUCUGAUGGUCUGACUGUCGACACGGCUGCGUCUCAGCGGUCACAUUCGCCGCGCGGCAAGGUCCUUCCGCCAAUACCGCGCGACUUCGCGACGCGGGCGGAGAGCACGCGCACGACGUCGCCCAUGCCGCCCCAAAGCCCCUUCCCUACGGGCGGGCUGGACAAGGAUAUGUUCGACAGCAUGGGCAGCAACACGUUGAGCGUUCGCUUCGAGAUCACCAUCGUUAAGGUGCCGUGGUUGCCUCUGCACGGGAUCCAGUUCCGUCGGAUCGGCGGCGAUGGCUGGCAGUACCAGAUGCUCGCGCGGCGUGUGCUGACGGAGCUCAAGUUGUGA